UACCCCGGCUAGACCAGAAGCGGUUCAACUUGUGCAUGUGCUGCCCUGCGCUCGCUUAAAGACUGGAGUUUGGAGAAGUAUUCAGGACUGCUUUCUUUUCAUUUUCGUUUUCAAAAGCAUCGGGAGGGAACUGCGUGUCCUUGAGUCAGUGAUUGACGUGAGAAAUCGUGAGGAGAAGUUAAUACUUUUUGUUAGGAUCGACAGCAGCAUUAGGCUUUUCAUUCGGACUAGGGCAAGGAUUCUACAUUCACCACCGGACCAGGACAGAGGAUUUAAACAUGUAAAAUGCAUUUAAAAAUGUAGAAAACGCCUGCUGGCAGACGACUGGUCCAAAACGGCACUAUUCAUCCCAAGCCGUGAGUCAGGACUUUUUGUCCGGAAUGGAAAUGUUUUAUCGGAAAGCCUUGAUGAUCUGUGCUGAACUCACCCUAUCCGUUAAAACAUGAAACAUAAAUUAUGUUUAAUAUUGCUACAGAUAAGGGAACGUCCAGGUCAUUCUCUAAUAAUUUUGAGGAUUUUGAUUCCAUACGCAGGGUGCUUCUAUACAGCGACCUAGAGCCAGAAUGGCUGGACGAUGUCCAGAAGAACGGCGAGCUCUUCUACCUGGAGCUGAGCGAGGGCGAGGAGGAGGCGGCAUUAGCUCAGGCCUCCGCCAAUAACGGCCUCUCCACCAAUCAUGUGCACUUCAGCGAGAAGGAGGCGGAGAUCAUCAGCGAGGAGUGCAGGAAGCGUCCUGAUGGCACUCCAACCAAAGGAGAGCCCAAGCUGAAAAGACUGGCCAGGAUCCUACGGAGGAAGAGGCGGCCAUCCCAGCGGAGUGGGCCCGACGGAGGAGCCAAAGACUCGUCAUCGCUUCCGACGUCCAUCUUGAAAAACCAGGCGGGGCAAAGGGCGGGGCUGGUGGUCCAGCAGCAGCAGCUGAAGGAGGUGUGUGUCUACCUGAACCCCAAACGGCUGGGUAGCUGCUCCCCUCCUCCCCCAGAGAGAGGGGGUCUACUGGAGGCUCUGCUGGGGGUGGUGCAUCGCCCAUCCUGGGGCCAAGGAGACCCUGUAGGGGGGAGGGGGGAGAGGAUCGCCGUCCACGGCCUGGUGCCCAACAGCCCCGCCAUCAAGUGUGCACAGAUACUGAUCGGUGAUGACCUAGUGGCAGUGGACGAUGUGGAUGUUACCACGGAGAACAUUGAGAGGGUUCUCUCCUGCAUUCCUGGGCCUACACAGGUGAAACUGACCCUGGUGACAGCCAGUCCAGGGGAGGUGGGUGUGGACGUGUCCACUGCCCCCAGGCUCAGGCCCUCUCCCCCGGUCAGCCAGCUGGUGCGUCUGCUGUGGGGCGAGGACACGGUGGAGCUCCAGAUGUCUAUAGGACACAUCCCUCACAUCGUCAUGUACCUGUCACUCAAACUGGACUCAGACUCCCCCCUGGAAGAGCAAGAGAUCCUGUACCAGUACCCUGUUUCUGAGGCGUCCAGCCAGCUAAAGGGAGUCAGAGGGAUCUUCCUCACUCUGUGUGACAUGCUGGAGAAUGUCACCGGGGGACAGAUAGUCAGCUCGUCUCUCCUGCUCAGUAAACAGCUGGUCCAUGUGGGCUACUGGAAGGAGAGCAACAACCUGCUGGUGAUCGGCCUGCCUGCUGAGAGGGUUCCUCUGAUCUCUCUGCAGACGGUAGUGGGAGGUGUGGUCAGGACUCUCAACGUGAUGUAUGGCUCUCUGGGCAGUGCGUUCUGCCAGGUGGACCACGCCCCCAGACUGGACCAUUUCUUCUGCCUGUUCUUCCAGCAGCUGAUCCACCCCUCUAGGUUGAGUGACAGCUCCGUGGCCACGCCCCCUGACGUCUCGGAGACUCUCUUCCUGGACGGACUGCCGGCGGUCCGGUGGCUCACCCUGCCUCCUGAGAUAAAGAUGGAGGUUGACACUGUUCUCUCAGACUUUGAAUCAUCAGAUUUUGGAGAAAUGUCUGAGGACUUCUAUGGCAUGAGGCGUCUCUACGUGACGCUGGGUUCCUGUCUGUUCUACAAGGGCUACCUGAUAGCCAACCACCUCCCCAAGGAGGACCUGCUGGAUGUUUGCCUGUACUGCCAGCACUACUGUCUCCUCCCCCUGGCAGCAGAGCAGCGCGUGGGCCAGCUGGUCAUCUGGAGAGAGGUGUUCCCACGACAUCGCACCCAGAACCCACAGACACAGACCAAUAACAACCACUGUACCAGGCCAGGCUACUGCCAGCCACAGGGACGCUACUUCCUGCUCAUAGUGGGACUGAGGCACUUCAUGCAGUGCGUCCUCCUGGAGGCGGGGGGCUGUGCGUCCCCUGCCCUGGGGGCCCCGGGACCAGAUUGUGUGUACGUGGACCAGGUCAAGGCCACCCUCCUGCAGCUGGAGGGGCUGGACGUAGGGAUGGAGGAACGCCUGGCCGCCCCGCCCGCACCCUGCCUCUCUUGUGCUGACUGGUUCCUCCCCUCCUCUGCCCGGGAUAGGUUGGACACCAUGGCUGCAUCGUCCCCUGUCCUCAGUAAGCUGGCUGGGGCUGUGAAACCACCGUCUUCUGCCCAGGGAGGGGGGAAGGGAGUGGGCAGGAGCCUCUUCGGAGGGGGUGCCCGGAGACCUAGCCCCCAGAGGAGUCAGUCGGACAGUGGGAGCGAGGGACAGCCGGAGGGGGGUGUAGGAGGGCAGACAGGGCUCAGUCCACACUCCACCCCGGACUCAGCCCGGAAGCUGGACGGGCGGAGAGACUCGCUGGGUUCUGGUGGAUCUGAUGGGAGUGGAGCCAGUGGAAGUAUUUUCAAGAUUCCCAAGAUGAAGCACCCUAACCCAUUCUACCUGGGCACCCUGAAGAAGAGUCUGACAGAGAGAGAGACAGAGGAGAUGUACCACACCAUUAAGUUGACAUCUGGGGCAGAGAACACUCUGUUCCACUAUGUGCUGAUGGAGACAGUACAGGGUAUCUUCAUAGCUCCUACACACAGGGAGCUGGCCCAGCUCAGUGGCUCCAUCCACCCUCAGCUCAUACGUAACUUCCACCACUGCUGCCUCUCCAUACGGGCCACCUUCCAGCAGAGUCUACCGUCCAGGCAGGGUAGGCGGGGUACAGACAGACCCCAGAGGACCCAUGGGCUGGGCCCAGUGAAGGAACACGGGGUUCUGUUCCAGUGUAAACCUGAGAACUGGACCGACCAGAGGAAGCCUGCUCCCACCAUGACCUACUGGGUGAUAGGCCGGAUGCUUCUAGAACCCGUCCCUCAGGAAUUCUAUGUGUGUUUUCAUGACUCCGUGGCAGAGGUUCCCGUGGAGAUGGCCUUCCGCCUAUCUUUCGGCCUGGCCUUGUGACAAGCCGUCUGCCAACAGUCUCUUAAUGAACUCUGAUAACACUACUACCUACAGACAGCGGUGCACAACCCUGGGUUCUUUUCAUUAGACAUCAAAUGGGAGAAAACUGAUAGAAACAGGGAGGGGCUACCUGAACUCCAAUAAGAACCGCUUGUUUGUUUCCCGUCACAAAAUAUUUUACAACAGUACACCCAAAUGAACACGACCCUGGUCUUCAACGUUUCAUAGUCGACCUCAACGCCUGCUUACUGUCUGUCUGAGAUAUUGUGGGAACUAAGACUUGUCUUGUUCCAGACAGACAUUGAUCACCUGACAGCAGA